AUGGCUUCCAGCUCCUCUACCGCGCGACACCGCCCAGCGAAAGCCGCGAAGAAUACUGCCGCGAAGAAUACUGUCGCGAAGAAUACUGCCGGCAUAUCUAAUGGAUCUGCGGGUCAUAAUAGCGCUGUUAAAAGUCCAAGACAACAUUCAAAUGAACCCCAAGCGUCCCACGGCUCGUCCAUUGCUCUCAUCUGGGCGCCGACCUUGAUUCUCAUUUUUGGGGGUUGCUGCUCAAAUGUCUACACCCUAGAGUCUAUCAUUCAGACCUCUCCUUCUUCCGGUUCUUUGAUCACGGCUUUUCAGUUCCUCCUCGUCGCUCUGGCCACUCUUCCAAAGCAUUUUUCCUUCCGUCGCGGUUGGCGAAAUCUGUACCUCAAACCCCGUGCUAUUCCACUGAGAAAAUGGCUGGUCUACACAGCAUACUUCUUGAGCAUCAACAUUUUAAACAAUCUCGCGUUUAACUAUCGCAUCAGCAUCCCCUUACACAUUAUUUUGCGUUCUGCAGGGCCUGUGACCACCAUGACAGUUGGCAGGAUUUGGGGAGGGAAACGUUACCCGACCCAGAAGGUUGUUGCGGUGGCACUGCUUUUUGUAGGUGUUGUGCUUGCAGCAAUUAGUGAUGCCUUAGCCAAGCCGCCGCAUACCCACCGAGACGAUCUGCACGAGACAUCUUCCUCAAGUGUCAACCUCAGCGGAGUUUCACAUCAGGCACCUGGAUUUGCGCUGCUCGCAUCUGCCCUUGUUCUAUCAGCUUGUAUGGGUCUUUAUACCGACGACAUGUACAGUACGCACGGACGCUCGGGUUCGAUCACAGCUGAGACACUCUUUUACAGCCAUACCUUGUCUUUACCUUUCUUCGCAGCCCAAGCCAGACCACUUAUGGAUGAAUUCUCCAGCAUUGCAGCCGUGGCAACUCGUGAUCCAUCAUCGAUCAAGUCCGAACCGUCUCUUUUGACUCGGUAUCUUCCUAUCUCGCCCAUCUCACCUCUCAAUAACUUGACCAUCCCACUCCCCAUGGUCCUACUUUGGCUCAAUGCCCUCACACAAUUACUAUGUAUCGUUGGUGUCAACCGCCUGAGCGCCCAGUCUUCUUCGCUGACCGUGAGCAUUGUGCUCAACAUCCGCAAACUUGCAAGUUUACUAUUGAGUAUAUGGCUUUUUGGCAAUCGAUUACCGAUUGGUGUGAUUGUGGGUGCCGGAGUUGUGUUUGUGGGCGGCGGCCUCUAUGCUCUGCCAGCCUCUGGAAAGUCCAAAAAUCCAAUUCCCGGAGAGAUCCAAACUAGACUAGACAAAAUAAAUAAGAAGACCCGUUAG